AUGGCUGCCUCCGACGGCGCUUCCUCAAUCAGCGUUACAGUCCGAGUCCGUCCCUUUACUAUCAGGGAGGCAGCCCAGAUCACUCGGUGUAACGAUGGUCCCCUGUUCCUCGGCGACGGCUCCUUAGCGGGUGCUCCGACGCCAAAGCUUAACCAGAAGGGAAUCCGAUCUAUUGUCAAAGUGAUUGACGACCGAUGCCUGGUGUUCGAUCCUCCAGAGGACAAUCCCGUCCAGAAGUUCUCUCGAAGCGUGGUGCCCAAUGGCAAGCGCGUCAAGGACCAAACAUUCGCCUUUGACCGCAUUUUUGACCAAAAUGCCUCCCAGGGUGAGGUGUACGAAUCUACAACACGCGGACUACUCGACAGCGUCCUCGAUGGAUACAAUGCAACAGUGUUUGCAUAUGGUGCAACUGGAUGUGGAAAGACGCAUACAAUUACCGGAACCGCCCAACAGCCCGGUAUCAUCUUUAUGACCAUGCAGGAAUUGUUUGAGCGGAUCGACGAACGAGCGAGCGAAAAGUCUACCGAGAUUUCGCUUUCCUACCUCGAGAUCUACAACGAAACCAUCCGUGACUUGCUUGUACCCAGCGGUACCAUUGGCAAGGGUGGGUUGAUGCUGCGAGAAGACUCCAACCAGUCGGUCUCGGUUUCUGGCUUGUCAAGUCACCACCCGCAAAAUGUGGGACAGGUUAUGGAUAUGAUCGUACAAGGCAACGAGCGCCGCACCAUGUCUCCCACUGAGGCUAAUGCCACUUCAUCUCGAUCGCAUGCCGUCCUCCAAAUCAAUAUCGCCCAGAAAGACCGAAAUGCAGAUGUUAAUGAGCCCCACACUAUGGCCACUCUCAGCAUCAUCGAUUUAGCAGGAAGUGAGCGUGCCAGUGCGACAAAGAACAGAGGAGACCGUUUGCUCGAGGGUGCCAAUAUUAACAAGUCUUUGCUGUCUCUGGGAAGCUGCAUCAAUGCGCUUUGCGACCCUCGGAAGCGGAACCACAUUCCUUAUCGAAAUUCGAAACUUACUCGCUUACUCAAAUUUGCUCUCGGUGGCAAUUGCAAGACAGUUAUGAUUGUCUGCGUCAGCCCCUCAAGCCAGCACUUUGACGAGACCCAAAAUACACUUCGAUAUGCGAACCGAGCGAAGAACAUCCAAACCAAGGUCACACGAAAUGUAUUCAAUGUUAACCGGCACGUGAAGGACUUCUUGGUCAAGAUCGAUGAACAGAUGAACUUGAUCAACGAGCUCAAAGCACAAGCAAAGGACCAUGAAAAGACGGCCUUUGCCAAAUUCCGCAAGCAAAGUGAAAAGAAGGACGCUGUAUUACGCGAAGGCGUUGCCCGGAUCCGCAAUGCCUACGAGCACACGCUGGCGGGAAGACAAGAGAGGACGAACAACAUGUUGAAAUCGAGACAGAUUAGCCGCAGAAUUGGCAUUUUAUCGUCUUGGAUUGCAGCCUUCGAUAAUGUUUGCGCUGCACGUGAGAGCGAAGACGGAUUGGCAAACCUGUAUGCCGUUCGUAAAACUGCCCAAGGCAUCCUCUUGGAGUUGGAAGGCAGCAGGCAUCAUUAUAACCAGAAAUUAUCGAAAAGUACUUGGGACCGACCGGUGAGUUCGGCAGUUGAAAAUGCCGCAAAGCAGCUGCAAGAGUUUGAUAUUACCGAUAACAGCGACUAUGCCAACUUGGACCGAGAAGCAGACCUUCUUCGGUCCAAUGCAGAGCGCGAAGCAUUGCUGGCCGUGCUGGAACAAGAUAAGGCUGGCGAUGCUGUUGCUGUGCAGCUUCUGCUACAAGCGCAGUUUGAAUUGAUGAACUCUAUCGAGGAUAUCAUGCAACUUAAUGCAAAUGAGGCUAUUCAAAAAGGACGGUCCAUCCUCACAAAGAUGUUGGAGGAUUGUUCAAACGCUGCGAGCAACCUCGUCAAACCAGAUGGCAACAUGCCUUCCGUUCCGAGCGUCGGCUCUGUCAGGACUGCUAGCCCCACUAGAACAAAAAAGAGAUUCAGCUUGGUGAGCUUGCCGCCAGUAUCUACCUCCAAUGCUCCGGUCAUCACACUCGCCCCUGUUGCUCCCGUUUCGCCCACCAAGGGCUCUCCGCGUCGCCGCAAGGUCACGACUGGUCGGAAAAGCGUCAGCUUUUCACCAAAGAAGGCCCAGGCGAAGGCCUCCAAGAGAUCUGUUCGCUGGAGAGACGAUGAAGAAGACGGCACUCUGACUGAAUUCCAAAAAACCCCCAAGAAACUCGAUCCCUUCGAGGAAGCCAGCUUUGAUGAGCCAUCAUUGCCACCUCGCUCCGGAUCGCCCAUUCCACGCAAUAUCCCGAGAAUUGUGAGCCCAUCCGGUUCUCUUUCUCCAACCCCUGACGAACCUACCGAAUAUGCGGAGCACACGUUGAACAUUCAGAAGAACAAUAACCGCUUCAAGGCUGGAUUUUUGUCGAAAAGAAACGACAGCUCACCGCUAGCACCACCCCCUUCCUCUACCCUCCCUCUGUUGAGAAGCAGAGAGAACUCCCCUCUCCGUGACAUUGAAGGUAGCAGCUUCAUAAACCGGCCUACCGUCGAACGUCCAUCCCGAAUUGCAGUUCGUAGCCCUAGCGGCAACUACUCGAGCAGUCCAGCAUCUGAGAACCGGCACAACUGGAAGUCGGACAAGGAAGAAGCAAUUAAGAUCAACUCGGCCAUGCGACGUAUGUCUAGUGGACGGAUUGCCAGUGGAGGGUUUAAUGCUCAAUCAGCCAACGCUCUGCGAGUUCACCGUCGUCGCAGCCCAACCUCCAAUGGCCACGGGGCCUCGCCGGCAGAGAACCAUAUGUUCACUGCAUCACAAGCGCGACGCAUGGUCAAGAGCGAGCGCGAGCACGAUGUCAAACCUCGUGUUUUGAGCCCUCAUACUCUCCCGGUCAUGAAGAAUACGGGACGCCGUACCACAUUUGGCGCAGAUGGGCGACCUCGAAAUGUCAGCCUUUCCAGUAGAGAUGCUAUCCGUCUCAGUGCGAUGGCAGCGCCACCUACCGACCGUAGCUCCCCAGGGUGGUAG